AUGCCCUGGUCGCCUGCUUCUCGCUCUCCAAGAUAUUACUGCGUGCUGGUAGUAUCUAGUUUCAAGAUUCUCAGUCAGGUCCUCUCAGCAGCAAGAGAAUAUGGUUCAAGUGUGGGAGAAAAGCUUCAAAUCCACAUGCACCGUCAAGCUUCUGCAGUUCAGUUAGUACUAGGAACUACACGGCCGUUAAACUAUUCCUGCAAACCACGAUUCCCACUUGAUCUACACUGUCAAGUGAGGUCAGGGCGGGGAUGGCCAUCGAUACGGCGCCCGUCGACGGCUUGUGCCCGCCGUACCUAUACCCGGCCCGCCUUUGCACCCAAGCCCACAAUCGACGUCAAGCACAUCAGACAAAAUCCCGGUCUCUACGAGCAAAACUGCAUCGACCGCAAUUAUGCCGCACACAGCAAGUCGUCCUGGCGCAUCAUCGAGCUCCACGAGCAAUGGCUGGCGCUGCAGCAGAGCAGCCGCAGCCUGCGCGAGCGCAACAACCGGCUGCGAGCCAACCUUGCGAGUACAGCAUCGCGGGCCAAGGGUGCCGCGGGGCAGCCCGUUGCCAUGCGAGAAGGCCUGAUUGCUGAAGCAAAGGCGCUCAAGGUCGAGCUCAGCACCAUUGAAGCCCAGGAAACACAGCUGCAGGAAGAGAUUGAGAGCCUGGCGCAGGACCUGCCCAACCUGAGCAGCACGCACACGCCAGUCGGCACAGAGUUUGACGUCGUUGGCUACAUCAAUGCGCCGUCUGCAAACGAGCCAUUGCCAAAGUCUCCCAAGUCGCACGUCGACAUUGGCCAGCAACUGGGCAUUUUGGACUUUUCGGGGUCGGCACAAACGUCGGGAUGGGGCUGGUAUUUUCUGGUUGGCGACGGCGCCCUGCUGGAGCAAGCGCUGGUGCAGUACGCCCUGAGCGUCGCCGGGAAGAGGGGAUGGAAAGCCGUCGCACCGCCCUCGAUGGUGUACUCGCACAUUGCAGCGGCAUGCGGGUUCCAGCCGCGCGACCAGAACGGAGAGCAGCAGAUUUACGCCAUUGAGCAGUCUGAAAAGGACAAGGCGAAGCCGCAGAUGGCUCUGGCGGGCACGGCCGAGAUACCGCUGGCGGGCAUGAAGGCAAACCACACGUUUGAAGAGGGCGAGCUGCCGCUCAAGACGGUGGGCGUCAGCAGAUGCUACCGUGCCGAGGCGGGCGCAAGAGGGGCCGACACCAAAGGGCUGUACCGGGUGCACGAGUUUACAAAGGUCGAGAUGUUCGCGUGGACGCUGCCCGACAACAUGGGCGACGAGCACUUCACCGCCACGGCCGCGCCGAGCUCCGAGGCCAUUUUGGAGGAGAUGCUGUCGAUACAGAAGGAGAUUUUGGGAGCGCUUGGACUGCACUGCCGCAUCCUCGAGAUGCCGACGACGGACCUGGGCGCGAGUGCCACGCGCAAACUGGACAUUGAGGCCUUGUUCCCGUCGCGCGAAAAGGACCAGGGCUGGGGCGAGGUGACGUCGACGUCCAUGUGCACCGACUACCAGAGCCGGCGGCUGCAGACGCGCAUGCGAGUCAAGGGAGGCAAGCUCGAGUUCCCGUACACGCUCAACGGAACGGCGCUGGCGGUGCCGCGGGUGCUGGCGGCGAUUUUGGAGCAGCACUGGAGCGAGGCCGAGGGCACCGUGGCCGUCCCCGAGGUGCUGCGGCCAUUCAUGGGCGGGCAGGCAAGAAUACAAGCAUAGCGCGAUUAGCACUGUAUCAUUGUAUAGUAUGUACACUAUCAGCCAGACGCGGUGUCGACGAGUGGCCCACGUCGCCCGCUGCAUCAUUU